AUGAUUGGGCUGGCCGCUGACUCUGGCUGUGGCAAGUCCACCUUCAUGCGGCGCAUGAUUGGCGUGUUCGGAGGCUCGCCCCGCGCCCCUGAGGGUGGCAACCCUGAGUCCAACACACUGCUGUCAGACAUGGCGACGGUGAUCUGCCUGGAUGACUACCACUGCCUGGACCGCACUGGGCGCAAGGAGAAGGGAGUUACCGCGCUGGACCCCAAGGCGCAGGACUUUGAGCUCAUGUACGAGCAGGCCAAGGCCAUCAAGGAGGGCAAGUCCAUUGACAAGCCCAUCUACAACCACGUCUCCGGCCUCCUGGACCCCGCCGAGACCAUCAAGCCCCCCAAGAUCAUGGUGUUGGAGGGGCUGCACCCCUUCUACGACGAGCGUGUGCGCGACCUGUACGACUUCAAGAUCUACCUGGACAUCAGCGACGAGGUCAAGUUUGCCUGGAAGAUCCAGCGCGACAUGAAGGAGCGGGGCCACUCCCUGGAGUCCAUUAAGGCCUCCAUCGAGGCCCGCCGCCCUGACUUCGACGCCUACAUCGACCCCCAGAAGAAGCACGCUGAUGUCAUCAUCCAGGUGCUGCCGACGCAGUUGAUACCGGAUGAGAAGGAGGGCAAGGUGCUGCGCGUGCGCUUCAUCCAGAAGGAGGGUGUGAACUUCUUCAAGCCCACCUUCCUCUUCGACGAGGGCUCAACCAUCUCCUGGAUCCCCUGCGGCCGCAAGCUCACCUGCUCCUUCCCCGGCAUCAAGUUCUUCUACGGACCUGACACCUACUACGGCGAGGAGGUGUCGAUCUUGGAGAUGGACGGCCAGUUUGACAAGAUCGAGGAGCUCAUAUACGUGGAGAGCCACCUGAGCAACACCAGCGCCAAGUUCUAUGGCGAGAUCACGCAGCAGAUGCUGAAGAACUCCCAGUUCCCCGGCUCCACCAACGGCACUGGCCUCUUCCAGACCAUCGUGGGUCUCAAGAUCAGGGAAGUCUACGAGGCCGUGGUUGACACAACUGUGAAGUCCGCCGUCUGA